AUGUGUCCGAAAGAAGCUCUUGAGGAACAUGUCGAUAGAUUGGGGGAUGAAACUUGGCUGGCUGCCCAUGUGGAGGAAGGGCAUUCAUUUGCCAUUGGAUGCAUCGUGUGCUCGGAGUUGCCCCCACUGGGGGAUCGUGAUGUGUGGGGUCGCUUUGAGAUCACAACAGUGCAAGCGCUUAAGCCCUACAGAGUGAAAUCGCAUGAGAGUUCCAAGGCUCAUUUGGCAGCUGUGAUGCGCUUGUUGCAACCAUCAGCAGAUCUUCCGGCGCAAAUGCCGCUGCGGCACGACGCGGCUCCGGAUGGUAAUUCUUUCCAGUGCUUGCUGCAAUGGGUUCGCAAAGGCCAAUGUCUUCGUGAUGGCAUUGCUGGGGUUGGCCAUUUCAAGAAGUCCCGAAGCAUGUGCUUUGUGUUGACAGAGUCGCUCCGCAGGCUUUAUCGUGCUCAGCUAAGCAAGUGUGAAACUAUCAACAUCCUCAGGGAUGAGCGGCAUUCAAGGCAAGCCGAGCGCUUCAUUGGAGUAUUGGGUCAAGGCAGAGUGAAUCCAAGCACGGCGACAAACAUAACCAAUGUCACCGUGGGUUUGCUUACUGCCUUCUGUUGCAAAAACCAUGGCGUGCCAAAUGUCUCAGAGGCCGUUGCCACUGAACUUCAAGAAGUUGAUGUCGAACUUCUGAAGCACAUUCGACAUCGCAUUCAUUACCUGACGGUUGAUGCGGCUGGCAAUGAGGUCACCAGUGGAGAAAACAUGCUCUCCAACAAAUCCUCAACUGCCGCAAACUUUGGUGAAGCAGUAGCACCAAAUUUGCGGACAAUCGUCAAAGACAAGGCCCACGGUUCUCGCCGAAUACUCAGUCGCCCUUGGGCUGCUGACAAAUACCUUUCAGUGGUGGCAGGCGCUUUGGUCACCGAGUCCGGUUCUUUGUCACAGAUGAUUCAACACUCCGAUGACCUUCGAUGCUGGUAUGAGGAAGCGUGCAAGCAAUCAACCAGUGGUGCAGUGACCAACAAGUGGACACACCUGCGUGCAGCGAAACACCGAUACGAGAGCCUUGCCACCCCAUUGAGCAGGCUGGCUUUGAAUUGGGAGGCGGUCUUUGGAGUGUUGGGCCGCAUUUGUGCUGAAAGGCAAGGGGAUCCUGCGUGCAGCUUUGCAGAGGCUCUGCUGGAUACUAUAGAUGAAGAAAUGCUUCUGCAAGCAGCCCUCCUAUCCGACGCCUGUGAUGAGUGCCUGAUCCUCAUCAGGUUUUUUGACCAGGCGGAGGUAGACAGCGCGAAAAUCGCCGAAGCCAUCUCGGACUUCCUCAGCCGGAUCCAGUUUCUUUUUGAGCAGCAGCACGUUUGGACUUCUCCUGGGUACACGAAAGUGACGCUCAAGUUCCUGCAAAGCCCGACACAUUUCAUCACACGUGGUGUGGUGCGAUGCCUGGGCGGGCCAAAUGGAGUCAAGGAGGAAGUCAAGAGUCAGUGCUUGUCACGAAUGCUGGCAUGGAUGAAAUUGGCUGAGGAAGUCGUGCGGGCGGAACACCCGGCAUUUGAACUGGUUCCAUGCUUCUCAUUGUUUGACCUGAAUCAGUUUCCACAGCAAACAGUCGCUUUGGCUCAUUAUGCCACAUUGAGUGCCUCCGAUAGUGUCUUGGAAAGGGACUUUUCCAGGAUGAAACACACUCUUGGAGAAAAAAGACUGCAAUGUGACCAAAUUGUGAAAAACGAGCUCCUGAUGUUGACUGUGGCCGACCCGGAUCAUGACAAAGAAGUCAUUUCACUGGCGCAACGUGUCUGGUCUGAGAUUUACGCAGCAGCACGCAAGAGGUCUAAGGCCCGCUUUGACAAGGGUGUCAAGCGGAAUCCCCAAAUUUGCGAAGACAAUGAUGAGCCUGAGGAAUGGCAGAUGACGCCUGAAAAG